ACAGGCAGGAUCGAACCGAACUACCCCAAAGUGUGCGGCCACCAAGGCAACGUGCUGGACAUCAAGUGGAACCCCUUCAUUGAGAACAUCAUCGCCUCAUGCUCCGAAGACACCUCGGUGCGGAUUUGGGAGAUCCCAGAGGGCGGCCUGAAGAGGAACAUGACGGAGGCGGUGCUGGAGCUGUAUGGGCACAGCCGGCGCGUCGGCCUGGUCGAGUGGCACCCCACCACCAACAACAUCCUCUUCAGCGCCGGCUACGACUAUAAGGUCCUCAUCUGGAACCUGGACAUCGGGGAGCCGGUGAAGAUGAUCGAUUGCCACACGGAUGUCAUCCUCUGCAUGUCCUUCAACACAGACGGCAGCCUCCUGGCCACCACCUGCAAGGACAAGAAGCUGCGGGUGGUGGAGCCGCGCUCCGGCAGGGUCCUGCAGGAGGCCAGCUGCAAGAACCACCGUGUCAACCGGGUGGUCUUCCUGGGCAGCACGAAGAGGCUGCUGACGACAGGGGUGUCGCGCUGGAACACCCGACAGAUCGCCCUCUGGGACCAGGAAGACCUGUCCAUGCCCCUGAUAGAGGAGGAGAUCGACGGCCUCUCGGGUCUCCUAUUCCCUUUCUACGACGCUGACACCCACAUGCUGUACUUGGCCGGCAAGGGCGAUGGCAACAUUCGGUACUACGAGAUUGGCUCCGAAAAGCCCUACUUGAGUUACCUGAUGGAGUUUCGCUCCCCGGCGCCGCAGAAGGGACUGGGGGUGAUGCCAAAGCACGGGCUGGACGUGUCGGCCUGCGAGGUCUUUCGGUUCUACAAGCUCAUCACGCUCAAGGGGCUGAUCGAACCCAUCUCCAUGAUUGUGCCCAGGAGGUCAGAAACGUACCAAGAGGACAUUUACCCGAUGACGCCGGGGACGGAGCCAGCUCUCACACCCGACGAGUGGCUGAGCGGGAUGAACAGAGAUCCCAUCCUGGUGUCGCUGAAGGAGGGCUACAAGAGGACAUCCAAAAUCGUCUUCAAGGCGCCGGUGAAGGAGAAGAAGAGCGUGGUGGUGAACGGCAUCGACCUGCUGGAGAACGUGCCGCCCCGGACGGAGAACGAGCUGCUGCGGAUGUUCUUCCGGCAGCAGGACGAGAUCCGGCGGCUGAAGGACGAGCUGGCGCAGAAGGACAUACGGAUCCGGCAGCUGCAGCUGGAGCUGAAGAACCUCCGCAACAGCCCGAAGAGUAAUUAACUUCCGGGGGACGUUUUCUAAAUAAACUUUCUUCUGUUUAUACUCGCUCUUUAAUUUUAUCGUACCCACUUAACACAGAACAUGAGCCAGAAGUCAAGUGACCUGCCA